ACUGUUCAGAGUUUCAGUAAUUGUCGAAGCGAUUAGUUCUCAUGAUACUCCAAAAGUCCAAUUGUCUCUUGGAAUAUUUCUCUUCUAUAAAGUUUAGUGGGAAGUUUCUACAAAAUGCUGCAGCUAUUUCGAUAAACCUUGCCCAACUCGUCACAGGAUUCACUGUAGGGUGGAGUUCGCCAAUUUUUCCACUUUUAAUUUCGGACCAGACUCCCCUUGCAGAUGGUCCGAUAAGUGUUGACGAAGCCUCCUGGAUCACAUCCGUGUACUAUUUGGGUGGUUGUGUGGGAUGUGUAGUUUUUGGUCGGUUACCGGAUUAUAUCGGGAGAAAAUGGACGAUCGUCUUUGCGGGAAUUCCACACAUCUGCGCCUACAUUUUGACCGUUGUGGCUAGGAAUGGAACCUAUCUACUAAUCUCCAGGGCUCUCAGUGGUAUUGCAAGCAAUGUCUUAUUCAUCGUGGUGCCCAUGUUCAUCUCAGAAAUCGCAGAAUCUAAAAAUCGCGGGAAGAUAGGAUCCUGGAGUGGAAUAUUCAUAACCCUUGGAAUAGCGUUAGGUUAUCUAAUUGGAACCUUCUUCCAUAUGAAGGUCGGAGGUAGUUUCUGUCUGGUUAUCCUUGGAUUCUUCCUCCUUACAACUCCGUUCUUCCCGGAAACACCUCCAUAUCUGCUCAUGAAGAAGCGCGAAGAUGAAUCAUUCAAAACUCUUAUGUUCUACCGAGGUUUUCGUAAGAACGAUGUCGUCUCCGAAGGCUUCCUGAAAGAAUUUGAAGGACUCAAAACAAUGAUUGUCAAUGCUUCUCAGAAAGGAUCCGUCGGUUUCAAAGAUUUCAAACCAUCUUCAACGCGGAAAGCUAUCCUGAUUUGUUUCAUCUUGUAUUUGGGUCGUGUUUGCUGCGGACUCUUUCAAAUGGAGGGUUACGGUGGAACGGUGUUAAAUGAGGCUGGAUCAGGAAUUGGAGGAAACAUUUCAACAAUUGUAUCUGCUGUAUCCGUUCAUAUCCUGUCUUAUGUUUCAAUGAUGUUAAUUGAAAGGAUAGGUCGUCGUAAAAUGAUGCUCUUUUCUACUUUUGGUUCCGGAAUCUUUUCCGGAAUAGUUAGCAUUAUGAUAUGGCUAAGGAAGAAUGGUAUAGAUACUUCAUCUGUCAACUGGUUACCAACUCUUGCUUACACUGGAUACUCAGUAAUAGCAGUUUAUGGAAUUAUUGUCCUACCUAUGAUCAUCUCAACGGAAAUCCUUCCCAUCAAGAUUAAAUCCUUGAUAUUGCUGUGCAUGUUUUUGAUGUCCAACAUCUUGACAGCAGUUUCUGUGACGUACUUCAUGACCAUUGCGGAUUUUUUUGGAUUCUACUUUAAUAUCGGAAUGUUUUCUUUUUCGUGUUUCUUAGAAUUUACAAUUCUGUACUUUUUACUUCCGGAAACUAAGGGAAAAUCGUUCGACGAAAUCGUUAAGGUGCUCCAGUGGAAAUAAACCUAUGAUAGCCUUGAAA